AUGCGGUUGAUGGGCCUGUGGCUACGCUCGUCGGCUUUUCGGCGGUCCGAGAUGGGGCCGACACGGUAUGUUUUCGCUUUUAUCUGCCAGUUCUCUGGGUUGGGGACAGAUGGGUUCCUCCGGCGGGGGGGUUUGUUUCUUCUUCGGUGGAAAUGGGUCGGCUCUGUCGUCUGCAAAACCCUGUUCGAUUCCCAAGUUCUACUUACCCUUACCCAAAUCAUAAUCUAUACAUACAAACGUGUACAAUAUUGUGACAUGAAACGAGGCUAUCAAGAGUCCCCAUCUUCGAGUUCGUAUGGACCCCCUCGCUCCAAAAUCAAGUCCAACCCUGAAGGUGAUGCCCAAUUUUUGGAGGAUGAGAGUACAAAGAUCUUUGCAAAAAAAGUUGCCGAUCAUUACAGUGCAAGAACAAAUCAGACGCUUGAAGAACGCGAAGCAAGCCCGAUCAUCCACCUGAAGAAACUCAAUAAUUGGAUAAAGAGUGUCUUAAUUCAGUUAUAUGCCAAGAAAGGGGAUGCAGCUCUUGAUCUGGCUUGUGGGAAGGGAGGUGAUCUCAUCAAAUGGGACAAGGCGAGGAUCGGUUAUUAUGUGGGCAUCGAUAUUGCUGAUGGAUCAAUAGAAGACUGCCGCAUACGUUAUAAUGGCGAUGCAGACCAUCACCAGCGUCGCAAAAAGUUCUCCUUUCCUGCCCGACUCAUUUGUGGGGAUUGUUUUGAGGUUCGACUAGAUAAGGUUUUGGAAGAAGAUGCCCCAUUUGAUGUUUGUAGCUGCCAGUUUGCCAUGCACUACUCAUGGUCUACUGAGGCACGUGCUAGGCGGGCCUUGGCCAAUGUAUCAGCUUUACUUCGGCCUGGAGGCAUCUUCAUUGGAACAAUGCCAGAUGCCAAUGUCAUCAUCAAAAAGCUUAGAGAAGCUGAAGGGCUAGAAUUUGGCAAUAGCGUGUACUGGAUUCGUUUUGAUGAAGAAUUUCAAAACAAGAAAUUCAAAUCUUCAAGUCCAUUUGGCAUCAAGUACAAAUUCCAUCUGGAGGAUGCUGUUGAUUGUCCCGAGUGGAUAGUCCCUUUUCAUGUAUUCAAAACUCUGGCUGAAGAGUAUGGGUUGGAGUUGGUCUUUGUCAAAAAUUCGCAUGUAUUUGUGAACGAGUACAUGAAGAAACCCGAAUUUGUUGAGCUCAUGCGAAGACUGGGUGCUUUGGGUGAUGGUAAAGAAGAUCUAGGUACACUGUCACCAGAUGAAUGGGAGGUGGCCUACUUAUAUCUGGCUUUUGUUUUGAGAAAGCGAGGGCAACCGGACGAAGUCAGACCUAAUAGCAGAAGGGACAAGGGUAAGAUGCAGCUGUCCAAGGAGGACAUUAUUUACAUCAAUGAUCAAGAGUAA